AUGUCACUCCCAAGCAACAACAAGCUACAACGCCAAAAUUCCUGUAAAGAAGAUAUAGACCCUGAGAAUGUUCCAAGUCGGCCGGAACAUUUCGCAAGAAUUUCUUCACACAGAGAGCUUCGAGAACCUCUGGAAGGGAAGCAGUUACCAAACGUUUUACCGCAUUCAAUUGAAGCUGGGAACGAUGCUUACUAUAUUGGAGAUGUAUACGCACCCUCAAAUAUUGUCCAUGACUGGGAAAUUGAUACGUGUGAAGAACCUCCACCCCAGCAGACAAAAUCUAUUAACUCGUCAGUUAAUAUUUUGAAACCUAGUGAUGAUAGGUGUUACCUUCAGUAUAUCAAAAAUAUAUCGAGAGGAUGGCCCGGCUUAUCAUAUCUGUCAAAAUGGAUGGAGGUCACUACGUCGCCCGUGAAAUGGAAACACAUUACUACGGAUAAUCGAAAAAUCCGUGCCGAAAGGACUAAAGUCGCUAUUAUUGACGUUUUUCCAGAAGGCCCGGAAGUCCAAUUGUUCUAUGACAUUCAUAAACUCGAGGAAUUCUUUAAAAAUCCCAAAAAUAUUAAUCCGGACCACGAAAGACUCUUCAUCGUGGAAGACAUAUCUCGAGAUGUCGUGGAGUUACUUGGGAGCCAUUACAACGUGGACCCGUUUUUCUGGAGAGGCCAUAUUAGUGAUUAUCUGUGGUAUAAUACUAGAGAUCCUUGGGUCGAACUAGAAGAGCUUCCACAUAUCGCUGGGGAAAGAAACUACUUUAACCUACCUUACGUCCACCCGAGAUACUUUCAAAACCAGGAGUCAUAUUUAAAGGCUACAGUAGAGGCAGGAAAAAUGAAUGUGCUUAGACGUUUGGAUAACGACGGCAUUAAUGUUUAUGUCCUAGAUAAUGACGAGUCGGUUGUAGCACUCUGUCGAAGUAAAGCUUCUUUCUGGAUGAGACCUGAGGGUGGAAAAGCUAAGGAAGAACGUGCUUUAGGUAUUCUUGUUGUAGACCCGAGUUUCACAGAAGGGUCGCCACUUUGGGGAGGAUAUCGAAAUUUUGAUCCUUGUCCACCUCUUCAUGCGGAAGAGUUUGGGGUACCUCCAAAGGAUACUCUAUUUGACAAUACCGUUCACUGGACGAUGAAGAAUCUGAGGGAACAACAAGGAAAUCUUAAACACCAACCCAAACUCAUGGCAGUGUCUAUUCUUAACAUUAUUGCCGCAGAGUGGCUGACGGUUAAGCAAUAUCUUAUAACGCGUUUAACACAAAUCGAAUGGGAGCUCCAAGUUCCAGAUUUCCGUGGUGAAGGUGUACAAUACGGUUUGGACCGUUGUUUGAGUCGACUUCACCCAUUUCGUCGCUCGCUACCUGCCUAUCGAAGAUGGAUCGAGAGCAACCUAAACGGCAUUCUCAACGACGAGGACCUUAAAUCUCUGGAUUCAGUGAACAAUCCUUUGGUCAAAGCAAGAACGGACUUUACGACCAUUUUAAAAGAACUAGAUGUAAUCGAAGGACGAGUGCACAAUAUGGUCAAUACCGUCGCCACAAUAUUAUCACUAGAAGGAAUGAAGAAAAGCACAAAACAGAACGACACAAUAGCUCGCCUAACCAUUCUCGCCUCAAUCUUCGGUCCGUUAUCAUUCGUUUCGAGCUUUCUAAGCAUGACUCCGGAUAUAACAGAGUUACGCUCCACCGCCGGAUACUUCUUUAUUUUAGCGAUACCGCUUACUUUAUUCGCCAUUUCCAUUGCGCAAUGGCCUGCGAUAAAGAACUUUGUCAUAGCCAGAUGCCCCAAGCGAAGGGAUCGAGGUAAUCAGCAUAUGGUCUGA